CAAAUAGGUAGUUGCUUGCAGUGUUGCGCGGCAUUUCUAGGUGAACAAAUUACAACAGUUUUUGCCGCGGUGAUAGGAUACAAUCAACGUUUUUGUAAAGUUUCGUAUUGUAAACAAGCUUAAAUUGUAAUUUGAAAGAAUCUUAAGAAGACGAAUUCGGUGAAAUAAUAAGAUGAUAUCUAAGGUCAACAAAACCGUGUUUAGUGUAACGGUUAUAUUAUUUUCGAUUUUUGUUCGGAACGUUUAUACGAAAUUGCCUUCAACUUUAAAAAAAUGUUCCCGAAAUGAUCCCGAUAUAAAUGCAUGCAUUAUUAAAGCCGUUAAUAUGGUGCGUCCAUUAUUGGCGACUGGGGAUCUUGGAGAUGGUUAUCAUACACCACCUCUGGAACCUCUGUGUCUCGACAAUAUCGAGAUGGGGAGGGGCAGACAGUUUAGGGCAACAUUUAGUGAUAUUCAAGCAAAAGGUGGAAGUGAUUUCAUUAUUGAUAAACUCAGUGCUAACACUUCAGCUAUAGCAUUUGAUUUAGCCAUAACGUUGCCAAAAAUAUCCUUUACUGGAAAAUACACUCUUCGUAUAAAACUUCUAUUAUUGGACAUUCAGGGUGCUGGAGACAUGAAGGGUUAUUUUGAAAACGCCAAGGCUGUCGUUAAAAUGCGAGGUGAGAGAUACUUCAAAAACAGUGUUGAAUAUGUGAGAUUUACUAAGAUGCCUAUUCGAAUUAGCGUGAGCAACAUGAAAAUACAAUUAAAUAAUUUGUUUAAUGGCGAUAAAGUGUUGGGUCAAGUUGGCAACUCAAUAAUAAAUGAAAAUCAGGAACUUUAUCUGAGUGAAAUAAUUCCUGGACUCGAAAAGGGAUUGUCUCAGAAAUUUCUGGAUAUUGCGAAUGAAAUACUAGACACAGCAACUUAUGAUGAAAUGUUUCCACCAAACUAACUGAAUAAUCCUCAAACUGUUGUUCUAGCUUUUAUCAUCACAGAUUUAUUAAGAAAAAUGUAAUGUUAAUAAAUACAUAUUAAGACUUAUUUUAUGUCGAAUAAAAUAUAAGAUUAUUUAAUACAAACAAAUAA